AUGAUUUACAUCGUACUUCUCAUCAGUCUUUUCAUACAACUCGUUUCUCUCCAGACUUGUUCCAAUCUCGAAAGAGGUAUCGAUCGUCCGGGACAAUGGUACGUUCACGUAUUGUCCAUAACAUCACCAGGAGCAUGUUGUGCCCUAUGUGACAAUGAAAAACAAUGCCAAUCAUGGACCUUUUUCAGUACCUCAUCGAUACUAACAGCUGGUUGUUAUUUAAAAGCCUUUGUUCCACCAAUGAAUGAAAAUUCGAAUUGUGGACAAACGUGUGCAAGUGGGGUCAAAAAUUCAACAUUAGUACUUCAAGGUCCAUGUGCAUUUCCUGGUGGAACAUACGAAUUAGCUGUCGAUCGACCAGGCUCGACGUACAUUAACUUGACAAGUAUUCGAACGCAUCCAAAAUGUUGUGCUAUGUGUCAAAUGGAAGGGAUUAAAUGUCAAUCAUGGACAUUUGUACGAGAUGGUGCACUGAACAGGGCUGGCGGAUGUUUUUUAAAAACACAAGUUGCACCGAUUAGUAACACGCCGUGUGUACCAUGCACAUCAGGAAAAAAAUAA